AUGUUCUAUGUCCUAGGCAUGUUCUGGGCAGAGUGCAAGCAGCUGUGGGAGGAAGGGGUUCGAGGCUACUUCUCCCAGAUGUGGAACUACAUGGACAUCACGAUGCUGGCCCUGUACACUGCCGGCUACGCCACGGAGGCUGUCAUCUACACCAAGGCCAAGGGAAUUAACUCUAUGGACGAGCUGCUGCAUAGUGAUGACGAACACAUCCUGAGCCCACAGAUCCUCUCCAAAGUCCUCUUCUCCGUGGCUAACGUCAUGAGCUUCGCCCGCAUCGCCUACAUACUUCCCGCCAGUGAGACCUUCGGACAGUUACAGAUAUCUUACGGCAGAAUGCUACAGGACGUGGGCAAGUUCAUCUUCAUCUACGUGACCGUCAUGAUCGCCUUCAUCUGUGGGCUGACCAGUCUCUACAGCAUCUCCAAGAACGACAACUUCUCAGGGUUGACCGACACGACCUUCACCUUGUUCUGGGCGGCCUUUGGCAUGGGCAACUCCCGUGCGCCCCAGAUAGAGGAGGGGGUGGCUUUGAAGGACCGGACAGAGACCAGACCACUUUGA